UGUAACUUGGACGCGUGGAAAACCAAUACGGGCGCGAGUGUCAAAGCUUAGUGGCAAUUUGUGAGAUUACUAAUAACAAUAUUUGUGAAAAAAAUAUUUAAAAAGUUAUUAACACUAGUGUGCAAAAUAUUAGUAAUAAAAAAAUUUAAUUAAAUAAAUAAAUAGUUAUUAUUUAUUAGUAGUUAAAAGAAAAACAAAUACUUAAAAUGCCAGUUUCACUAAAAAGUGACUUGCUCAAUUCAAUUAUUAUAGUUUUUGAAAGCGAAUCUCAAACAGUGCUGAGCAAGAGCAGUGUUGAAAAAUCAUGUAAAAUAUUGUGUUGAAAUAAAUAUUAAACAAAAUAAAGUAAUUUUGUAUAAUAAGUGUUGGUUGAAGUGUUCAAUGACGUUACAGAUAACAGUGAAAUAAAAUCGGAAAUUCAAAAACAAAAGUGACGCAAUGAAACUAAUUUUGAAAUCAAAUAUAUUCUAUUGUUAUACGCGCCUGAUCUACCAUAAUGAGAAGAUGGCGAUCGUUUUACUGCUGAUCAUUACGCUCAUCAGAGAAACUCUCACUUUUCAACCGGAAUUUGUGGAAAGCAUAUCGAAUGUGUCAGUUGCUGUGGGUCGAGAUGCUACAUUCACAUGUCACGUGCGGCAUUUGGGUGGUUAUAGAGUUGGCUGGCUAAAAGCGGAUACAAAAGCCAUUCAGGCGAUACACGAGAAUGUCAUCACACACAAUCCACGUGUCAGCGUUAGUCACUUGGAUCAGAAUACAUGGAAUUUACAUAUAAAAGCAGUGUCGGAAGAGGAUCGCGGCGGUUAUAUGUGUCAGCUGAAUACGGAUCCAAUGAAAAGUCAGAUUGGCUUUCUGGAUGUCGUAAUACCACCAGACUUUGUUGCGGAGGAUACCUCUUCUGAUGUGAUUGUGCCAGAAGGCAGUUCGGUCAAAUUAACAUGUCGUGCCCGCGGUUAUCCUGAACCUAUAGUGACAUGGCGACGAGAAGACGGCAACGAAAUUGUGCUCAAAGACAAUAUCGGCACAAAGACAAUGGUGUCUUCAUUUCGUGGCGAAGUUUUAAAGCUGACGAAAAUCUCACGCAACGAAAUGGGCUCAUACCUCUGCAUUGCAUCAAACGGUGUGCCGCCGUCGGUCUCAAAACGCAUCUCGCUCAACAUACAUUUUCAUCCUGUCAUUCAAGUACCGAAUCAAUUAGUUGGCGCACCGCUUGGCACUGAUGUGCAGAUCGAGUGUCACGUCGAGGCCUCACCAAAAUCAAUUAACUACUGGAUUAAGGACACUGGUGAAAUGAUUGUGUCCUCGCUGAAGUAUCAUGUACAGGAAUCCUCUAAAUCCAUGUACGAAACGAAGAUGACAAUGAUUGUGCGUAAAUUCCUAAAAGACGACGUCGGCUCUUACCGCUGCAUAGCGAAGAACUCCCUUGGCGAGGUGGAUAGCAGCAUAAGGCUUUAUGAAAUACCCGGUCCGAAUCGUAAAAACCCAGCUGGCAAACACGGCGGUGGCGGCAACAACGACGCAGACACCAAUGACGUACUGAAAAUGAAACAGGUCAAAGUCACAUAUCAGCCGGACGACGAGGACCUGUACGGCUCAGCGGAGGAUUUCGAUGACAGCGAAUUGCCCUUGCCACCAUUAACGCCGAACAUCUAUUACACCAAUGGCCAGAAACAGCCGACACAUAGACCGGCAAUGAAUGGCGUAGGCCAGGGCGGUGGCAAUGGUGGCGCACAUGCCGCGAACGGUGGUAAUGGUGGUGCGUCCGAUGGACGCCAUCACCACCACAACACAGCUGGCGGCGUUGGUGGUGGCAUUGGUGGCGGUGUCGGUGGCAUUGGCAAUCUGGACUUCGGUAACUUGGACGCCACCAGUGGCGGGCUCAGCAUUGCUAGUGGUUUCGCUGUGGCUCUAUUUGGUGGCGUAACGCGUGGGCCUACAUUUCAAACCGGCGUUGCUGACACAUUUGGCGGUGCAUUGGACAAUAAGGAGCUGACGGGCGCACAACAUGGCCACCUUGCUGCGCAGUGGUCGUGGUGGUGGUGGUGGCAACAGCAGUUGGACAGCAGCUAUUACCGUUGGCGUGGCCAUUGGCAGCAAGCGCUGCUGAUGCUGCUCGUUCCCAGUUUAAUCACUUCAUUCAGCUGGCAUUUAUUAUAAUACGCGGUUGUCGUUAAAUGCCAAUGCGUGGCUCCAGCGCGGCGUGCCAUAACAACAGCCAAAUCGCGCAACAGCGCCAAUCGCGUAGACGAGUUUGGGAACGCGGCGCGCAUAGUAAGCGACGCACCAGUGCGGCAAUGCUCGGCGGAUGCUGUCAAUGUGUCGAAAAUGUCGAAGUCGGAUGUGGCGUCUCCUGUUGCGGUUACCAGUUGAAUUUUGCGUUGCGUUGUGUUGCGUUAAAACUGAAUUUAGACAGGUUAGUAUGAAAAUAUAAAAUCUAAAAAUCUAAAACAAGAAAUAUAAAAUUAAAUCAAAUCAAAUAAUGAGAUACAUACAUACAUAUAUUUAUAAAAACCCACUAAAGCGCAUUAGUUUAGUUAAAACAAAACUAUAAAAUACUAGUCUAAUUGAAAAUGAAAAUUUAUAGAAAAUAACAGAGACAGAGUUAAUAACCGAUUUUUCAUUCGCUAUAUAAAAAGCCACCAAAAUGUUAAGCUGUUAAAUAAGUUAUUUAGAAAUUGAAGUUGGCAAAAGUUAAAUGUUAUAAAGGCGAAAAUAUAAUUAAAAUAUAAUAUAAUUAUUAAAUAGGAUUUUGUACAUAGUAGUUUAUAUACAAGUAUAUAUAUAAUCAUUGAUUAUAUUUGGAGUUAUAUGUAUAACUCUCACUUUAAAUAUUUAAGCGCAGUAUGUAAGGUCAACAAUCAUUUAAUGAUUAAGCUAUUCUGAAAACAAUAUAUAUAGGAAAUCUUUUGGUUUGUAAAUAUUAGUAUCAAUGUAGAAUAAGCAUAGUAUUUAUAUAUAUAUAAUAUUCAUUACCAAAUAUGUGCUUGCUUAGCAGUUUUUCUUUUAGCAUACAAGUUCUCAUUAAAAGUCAUACAACUCAAUUAAUUAUUAUUUUCUUAAUUUCAAUAGUAAAAUUUGGUGAAAUAACAGCAUGUCCUUCCUAUGAUAAUAUUAACGUUUGAAAGCUUCCCCGAAAGUCCAUAAAAUAACCUUCAGUGGAAGAGAUUUUCAAUUUGGGAUAAUGUUGUCCCAGAAAUAGAUUCUUCACUUGCCUACACGAUUCUUUGCCUGCUGAUCUGGCGAGCCUCUCCAGCAUUUUUAUAGCAUACGAUACAUACGACCUAUUGGCUUUAAUCCCCGGAAUUUGAGUUCUAUUUAUUUUAACAAAAAUAUAAUAUCACGUGGAAGAUACGAAUUAAAUGUAAUAAUUAUUUAUACAUUCAAUGUACUCAAUGGCUUUUGGGUAGGUCGUUCAUACAAAGACCAAAUCAUGGUUAAUUUAUUUUCUAAUCUUUUCCUUCAAUUUUAAUAUAUACACUUUUACCAAUAAAGUCUCAAUAAUUUUCCUAUUGUAUUUUAUUAUGACCUCGUAAUGUACAUUCUUCUAACUUUGGCUUUUAUCAAAGAAACGCUGACUCGAUAGUAAUCCCGUACAUAGAACUCUCUGCUAAAAGACAACAACGCCCUGAAUCUUCAUUAGUUGCUCAUAUCUAAUAAAAAUUGUACUGCGCCCUCGCUGCAGUAGCUAUAAUUUUAAAUGUAAAAUAUCUUUGCUUAGCUUUGUAUAUCUUACAAAAAAAAGUUCGUUUUCAGAACAUUGUCUCGCUGGUCCUUUGACUAUUUGUACAACAUUUUGUCAUUAGAUCGCAUUUAUAAGAUGCAAAGUGUUGACAAGAUGAAGGUUACUAUAAAACUAGUUUUUUAAUAAUUAAGUCAUUGAGAACUUGGGAGUGUAAUUUACGUCUUCCUCCAGCGGGUACCGCAUCGAACACUUUCAGAGCUGGAGUGUUUUCAUCCAUCCGUACAACAUGACCGGCUAGGUAGCGUAGCCGCUUUAUUCGCUGUGCUAUGUCAAUUUCGUCGUAUAAGUCGUACAGCUCAUCGUUCCAUCGUCUGCGGCAUUCGCCGUUGCCAAUGUUUAGAGUUUAUUUUGAGCAAAACCUUCCUCUCGAAAACCCCAAGAGUCGUCCAUCGGAUGUUGUCAUCGUCCACGCUUCAGCGCCAUACAUCCGGACGGGAAUAAUGAGCGACUUUUAGAGUUUGAUUUUGGUUCGUCGAGAGAGGACUUUACUUUACACAGUAGCACCUGUUGGCAAGAGUGAUUUUGCGUUGGAUUUCAACGCUAACAUUGUUGGUGUUAUUAACGCUGGUUCCCAAGUAGACGAAAGUAUCUACGACUUCAAAGUUAUGACUGUUAACAGUGAUGUGGGAGCCAAGACGCGAGUGCGCUCACUGUUUGUUUGAAAUAUUUCGUCUUGUCUUCACGCGAUAACAUACGAAAACUUAAUUAAAAUGAAUAUAACUCAUUUGUGUUAUUAAAAUGAAAAGGCUUGCUGAUAUUUGUUUGGGUGUUAAAUUGUGCGAGUCUAAGUGAUUUAAAAAAUGUCUUAAUCAGCUACAUUAUUCGCAAAGUUUUGCCAUCCUGUGACUUUUUAUUGUUCCUUACUCAAAGGCCUUUGUUUCAUAUUGCACAAAGGAUCGUAAAAGAUAUCCACUUAAGGAACUGAUUGGAUUAUUAAUUAAUGUUUUAGCUUUAGCUCAAAAGAAGCCUACUGGUUCUCCGAAGUGUAGUUUCUCGGUUGAAGAUUCCACAACUGGCUUAAAUUUAAUGAGACAGCGCUCUGUUGAAGUAUUUUAAAAUUGGAUUUUUAUCUUGACAACCGUUCUGAAGUAGGUUUAAUGUCUACUGACAAAAAUUCAUUAUUUAUUCAGCGGUAAAUACAAAGUAUAUACCUGCUAAAUAUCGGUUAUAUUAUUACUCAAAUAUUCAUCUUCAUAAAAAGUUUCUAAUUAACUGCACAACUACAAAAUUAGGCAAACUGAGUAGUAAAUAGAGUAACAAACCUACCGCCAAAAAUGUAAUCGAAAAAAUAACGGUUGGUUUAAGAAAUUUAUUAUUAUUAAAAAAAUCCCCUAUCAAAAGAGAGCGUUGUUAAUUAGCUGACAACUCUUGUAUAUCAUAUAUGGGGACCAAUAACCAAUCCAUAAUUUCAAUAUGCUUUUUAAUUAUUCUGCAUACCUAUGAAAAGCCUUAUCGACCUUAUAUUAUUGACCUAAAGUCUUUGCUAUGAUAUCUAUGUACAUAAUUUGAUUUUUCAACAAUAAAAAAUAUGAAAUUGUAUGGAUAACGGUAUACUGUUACGAAACAAAACAAAACCCACUCGUUUGUUGGCGUGUCAACACACAAACGUUGCAAAGGCAAUUGAUGAGGGAACACCAUUUCCUAUUGAAUGCUGGGGUUAGACGGGCAAAACUAAUUCAAAUGAAAUUAAUGAAAGUCGGUGACAACAACGCAGGAAAUUUCUUUUUUUACAACUGUGGAAAAUGUUUCUAAAUUUUUGUUGUUUUAAUUUGUUUUUACUUUUGCUUUUUUCUUAUUUUCUAUAAUAGAAAUGAAAUGUUGCUUUGCUAACUUUGAUUAAUAAUCAGUUUUUGUUUGCGUGCUACGGUUUUGGUGUUUUGUGUGUGUGUUCGUUGAAAUGGGUUAAUGAGAGCAUUCGUUUGUUAUUAACGCCUGAAAGCAGAAAUAUUUCAUUUGUUUGGUGAAUUUGUACCUUUUUCGCAGGAGGUGCCUCUGACACUCUCUUCGUCAAAGAAAAAAACAUUCGAUAGGCAAUAUGUUUUGAAUUCUUUGCCAAUUAAAAAAAAUUCAAAUAAUUCUUAUAUUUUUUUUAUCUUUAUGACUUUUAAUCGACCUUUCAGCGUUGAAAUUUAUUUAAAUUUUUUUGGUUGUUUUCUUUUCACCCAGCAAUCCUUUUAUUGUGUACCUUUCUGUAAUUAAAAACUAAAGUCAAUUUUUCGCCCACCAAUUGCAACUUUAUUGAGCAACUUUUUAUGUUUUUUUUUACAAAAAAAUAUUUACAGCGAGUAACUUUUAGUAAGUAAUUUAAAUUACUUUCGACAGUUGUUGCCAAGCUCCUCCUUAGUUGUUGCCACAGCGCUUGCACCAGCAAAAAGUAAGUAAGCGCAGCUGUCAAAAAUACGACGAAAUGUCAAAAAAUUUAUAAUUUAUGCAAAUUAAAUGUUGCGCACUAAUACAAUAACAUGCAAGUGCGCUAACACACACAUGUAUAUGUAAACACAUGGCUGCUGAUAUGUGGCUUAAUUCGCGUGUAUAAAUACAUAUUUACUUAUAUGUGGAGUACACUUGUCAUUCAACUUGACAUUUCAAUGCACAGCAGCAUUACAUGCACACUUACUCACACUUGUUCCGCCGCAGAACUUCAUUUCAUUUCUACCCAUAAACAUUGUUUGUAUGUGCCCCCCAUCACUUAUGCCACGACUGCCAGUCGCUCAAGUUGCGCAUUUUUCAUGCAACAUGACAACAUGUUGAAGAAUACUCUAAGUAAGUAAGAUCUACAUAAGACUGUGCGCUGCGAGUGUUCUUGCUCAAGCGUGUGGCACAUCAAGCAGCGCUGAUAAAACUUCCUCCUUGCACUGGCAAAAAGGUUAAAAACUUAAAGAUGCACUUCAUCAUAUUCGCUCGAAAACAACAACAGCAACAACAAUAAGGAAUUACGCAAGUGACAGGCACACAGCAACAACACCGACAGUGGCAACGCCAAAAGCACAAAUACAAAUAAACAAGUUGAACAACCGUGGUCAGCAUUAUAUGGGGAGGUAUUUAGAAAAUGAACGACGAAGGUUAUCUUAAUUUUAAUACUUAAAAUAUAUUUUAUGAAAUAGUCGGAAACUUUCUUUAAAAUUACCAGAUAGAAGAAUUUUUAUUUACUUCUAAAUCUUUGAGGUUAUGAGGAUGCUAAAUACAUACGUAAAGAGUUAUUUGGUUCUCUAAAUUUCGAAAUCUGUCAUAUUUCACGCUUAAAUAUAUAGAAAUGUAUCUAACAAUAUCAAGCUUCAUUAAGGGGUUAGGGGUAGUCAGAGACACGAAAAAAUUAGAAUUUUCAGUAAUUUGUUUGCUAUUAAAUCAUGUUAUUUUACAAAAGUAAUAAUAUGGCAUUAUUAUACAAUGUUUUGACUUAAAGUUACGAAAUUUUGAAAAAAAAAAUUAUAAUUUCCAAAGUUAUAGCUGUCUGUGUUGACCCAGUUUCAAAAAAAGGUCCUUACGGAGACAAUCAUAAGUUCUUGGAGAUUCAUCUAAAAUCAAUCAGUUAAUUUUUUCCCGAAAAUCUAGAAAAAAAUUUCCUGAGGCCGCCAUUUUGUUAAUUUUUGAAAAACAAAAGUUUGGUUAAGGCCCAGGAUUAUCUAUUUAUAAAACUAUUUUUUUUAUCCGAUUGAUUGGUCUUAUAAAAUCGAAAUUCUUGAAAAAAAAAAUCUUUGGUUCAGGCUUGAGUAUAUUAUGCAUUCUAAAAGCUGUAGAAAUUUCAUUAAAAUCUACUUAGCGGUUUUCUAAAAGCAAUUAUCGGAUAAACUUCAAAUUUUCAGAGUAUAUUUUUCAGAUAUUACACUUAAGGAAAAUGCAACAAAAAUGAUUUUUUGAAAAUCCUGCUACCCCUAACCUCUUAACUCUAACUUGAGAAUGAACAAAUUUUUAUCGAAGAUGUUUUUUCCAAACUUAACGUGAUUUUUAAUAGUUUUACUUCAGUGCUCUCCACUUAUAAGCAAUCUGAACGAUGCACAGCCGGUAGCUUACGCGUUGAAAAAGUGUUCAGGGGAAUACUAGAGAAAUAUUAAUUGUUGCUGUAAAAUAUUAGUAGUUGUCUCUUCGGAGAUUUUCAUUUAUAAGGGAGAGAAAUACCCAUUUCAUUCUAAGAUUUUCUAAACCGUUUCCGUAUUGGUUUUCAAAAACUAGUUAUAGUUGAAACCACUUAGAAACCUCAAAGGUUGUUUGAAACUAACAUUGUAUUUGAGUUCUUCAAUUUAAAAUAACAAAGAUAAAAUUCUAAAACUCUCCCUAAAACGUCUAUACAUAUUGUCACACAGCAUGAUGAUAAUUAUUUUCCAAUUCUAUUAACUAAAUGAUUAAUACAAUGACAAAGCAACAGCUACAGCUUGCAUCAAGUGAAUUAGCUAUGGAAUGCUGGCGGUUCAAAUUACGAAUUAAGUCAUGUUAAUCUACCCAAACCGCAGGCGAAUACCGCAGAAGAUGGAAUGAUGAGCUGUAUGUGUUGUUCGACGACAUAGACAUAGUCCAGCGAAUAAAAAGAUAGCGGCUACGCUGGCUGGGUCAUGUUGUUCGAAUGGAUGAAAGUGCCCCAGCUCUGAAAGUUUUCGAUGCAGUACCCGCUGGUGGAAGCCGAGGAAGAGGGAGACCUCCACUCCGGUGGAAGGACCAGGUGGAGAAGGACCUGUCUUCACUUGGUAUUACCAAUUGGCGCCAAACCGCCAAAGGAGAGAUGCGUGGCGCACUGUUGUGGACUCGGCUAUAACCGCGUAAGCGGUUUCUACGCCAGUUAAGAAGAAGAAGAAUCUACCCA